UGUGCUGAAGAAGAGCCGGUAUCAUCGCACUAAAUCCUCGGGACGCAGCAGACAGACGCCGGUCUCCAUGUCCUCUGUGUCGGUCUCCUCUCAGGAGGGGCGGAGCAUGUCCAGGAUGUCUCUGAGCCGUUCACCUGUGUCCCCCAUGACCGCUCAGGGAAUCCCAUCCCCUGCUCAGCUCACCAAAUCCAACGCCCCAGUCCACAUCGACGUGGGGGGGCACAUGUACACCAGCAGCCUGGCGACGCUCACCAAAUUCCCAGAGUCCAGGAUCAGUCGUCUGUUUAACGGCACUGAGCCCAUCGUGUUGGACAGUCUGAAGCAGCACUACUUCAUCGACAGAGACGGAGACAUCUUCCGCUACAUCCUCAGCUUCUUGCGGACGUGCAAGCUGCUGCUGCCCGAAGAUUUCAAGGUGACUCACAGGACAGAAACCCAAAAAGACGGUCCACUAAAAGACUUCCCCCAGCUGUACGAGGAGGCUCGAUACUACCAGCUGAGCCCCAUGGUGCGAGAGCUGGAGCGUUGGCAGGCCGAGCGGGAGGCAGAGCGUGUGUCGCCCUGCGAAUGUCUGGUGGUCCGAGUGACGCCAGACCUGGGCGAAAGAAUCGCUCUGAGCGGAGAGAAAGUCCUCAUCGAGGAGAUCUUCCCCGAGACCGGAGACGUCAUGUGCAACUCUGUGAACGCCGGCUGGAACCAAUCCUUUAAAGAUGAAAGUUAUUCUCAAAGUGUCUCAGCCCUUCAGAGAGCUGCUCAGGUCCUCGAGCGUCUCUUCCAGAAAGGUUUCAGCUUCAAGGCGUCCUGUGGCGGCGGCGUUGACUCGUCUCAGUUCAGCGAGUACGUCCUGUGUCGGGAACUCCAGCACAGUCAGGCCAUCACCAGCACCCCGAUCCGGAUCAAACAGGAACCUCUGGAUUGA